GAAAGAAUAAUGCUUUUUCCAGAGGAGUUAAAAUGCAAAAAUUAUUUCAACAGAUUUUUUUGCAUUCCAGAGGGGAAAAUGGAAAAUCCCUAAAAGCAGAGGUCCUUGACAGGGGGGGUGGGGGUGGAUUUUUAAAUCUAUAACCCAAUAUGGCGACCGACGGCAUUGUGCAAGAGUCGCUAGUCGAAGUUUUUGACUUGAUUUUGUUCAAUGUGGACAAAAUUGUUGACGAUACAAGCUUGGAAAAGUUGUUGGAAAUACUCGAGUUUAUUUAUAAUAAUCCGAAGGAAAACGAAAGUGUUCUAGAAGCUACAAUUCUGAGGUUUUUUGGUCGAGUCGAAAACGUUGAGGUGGAAUGUGGUGAAGCUACAGUCAGCUUUGCAUUGAGGCUAUCAGGGAUCAUGUGCAAUUCUAGUGAAGGAUUUCACGUAAUUUGUGGUGUAAACAACAUACUGGAGUAUUUAUUUCAUGAAAUAUUAACGAAAGAAAAGCUCUGGGCAGAUCCUGGUGUGAGAGAUUCGUAUUUUAAAGCAGCUUUGGGGAUUUUGAAGAGCAGUGAUGGUUUUCUAUGGAUACAGAAUUCAGGUAGACAUAUUUAGUGUUAGCCCUGCCCAUACAAGCUUCCCAUUUAGGCCAAGUAACAAAAAUCAGUAGUUUAUCGCAGAGACGGAUUUUCAUAUUUUUGUUUGGGGGGUGCUGCUGCUUGCUUUGGCAGGGGCGUGGUGGCAAUGCCCGGAAAGGCCAAGGAAAAAGUUUAACAAAAUUUGUUUUCUAGGCCUGCAUGGUGAGAUCUGAGACCAUAAUAUUGGUAAUUUUACAAAUUUGGUAGUAAGAAUAAUCAAAUAUGAAACUAUCAAAUCAAAAUAUAUGUAAUUUGCGGGGGUGCCAAAUGCCUUUGGGGGGGGGUGCAAAUUUGGGGGUGCGCAUCCCCCAGAAAAUCUGUGCCUGGUUUAUCGUCCAAAUUUUGAAAAAAAAGAGAACGUGGGUGCUUUUUUUUGUUAAACCUUCAAAUAUUGCUCUUAAAGUUUACCAAAUAACCUAUAAACACACACAAAUAUUGAAAUUUACUCAUAAAACGUAAAUAUAUUAAAAUAGACAAACAGCUACUAAUGCAAUAUGGUGCCAAAAUAACAAUAUGGCGCGAACAGCAGCGCGAAGGACCAAACAAGCAAACUAUGCCAAAAGGAGCAAAAUGGCCGAAAUAUAUAAGUGGAAAUUCUUUGAAAGGCUCGAAUAUAAAGACAUAAAAAAAAGAAAAAUCCAUGUGGCAGGGAAAAAGGAUGCGGGUGGGCGGAGACAAGAGAUUACUAAUUUUUUUACUUGGCCUUAUUGUUCGGAGUACUCUGGAUUUUCAGAGCGCUAAUGGAAUGGAACAGAAGACUGUUCUGACUACCCUGAUUUUCGAGUCUGUGUAUCGGUGUCUGCAUUAGAAUAGAAAUAUCGGUAUCGGUAAUUUUGUUGUUGAUAUUACCGAUAUAUUUACAAACUGUUAUUAAAAUUAAAUGGGUAAUUCCAGAAAACAUCCAUACCACCCCCACGGAGGAAAUUGGAAGUUAACCCCCCUACCCCCUUCGGAUGUCCUAAUACAUUUACUAUUAUCAGAAACAAUUUUGUCUCCCCUCCCCCUCCAGACGGCAGAAAUUUCCUCCGUGGGGGGAGUGUGGAUCUUUUCUGGAACGACCCAAUAUAAAUGAUUGGCUAUAGUUGUAGUUCAAUAUGGUUAAUAAAUAAUACUGGUAAAUGGAACAGCCUCCAGUGGUACGUUAUUAGCCAUUAGGACUGUUAACAAAUAUUCUUGUCCUGGAUUGGGUGGGCACUCGUUCCAUACAUGUUUUCAUGCAGUUUAACUUGUUUUAAUUAAACAUAAAGUAAAAUAUGGAACAAAGGUAAUGAAAAAUUCAAAUAUUAGGCCACUCCAAAGUAGACUUUAGUUUCCUGUCUAGUCCUUAUUUCAAAUUGCACACAGGCGAGUGGUCCAUUAUCCAUUAUGGUGUCUGAAAGAAUCUGACACAACUCAUUAUUCCAUGAAAUAGAUACAUGUUUUAAGCCACAUUUUCUGACUGUAGUAAAAACAACAUUUUCAGCCACAUUUUCCGACUGUAAUAAAAACAAACAAAAACAACAAUUUACGCUCUUUCAUAAAAUUUUCAACAAUUUUGUUUCGAUUUUUUUCAUAUUAUAUUGUAAAUAUGUAUUUCAUGAACGAUAGAUUAUUCGAAAACGGUGGAUUUUCGUUAUCCUUAAAAUUAAUCGUAAAAGUCAAAUGAUGGAAACAAGUUAGUAAUAAUGACAAAUCAUGUGGCCAGUUCUGGGAGAUUGCAGAAGCACCAAUCCAGUUGCUCAGACGAUUUGAUUGGCUUCCCUCUUUCUUAUAAUCCAGUCAGAGGCUUUGUGUACAAAUCGUUUGUGAAUUUUAACUUGGAAUUUUGUUUGCAUCGGUUGAAAAAUGGUUAAAGCAAUCUGCCUAUCAAAAUUGCAAUAUUGUGAGACAAUAUUGCAAUGUUGCUAGCAAGAGAACAUCCGGUUUGACUGUAAGUUUCUAAUAGUAUCUGUUUGUUUGCAGGUGUUUUACAAAAGGCCAUGGAGUGCUUGGUUGAUAGCAGUAUCUUUGUUGCAGAUUCUGCGAGAAAGUUUGUUGCAAAAUACUUAGUCUCUUUGUACAAUUCAAGUAUGGGUAAAAAACAUAAUAGCAGCCAAAUGGAAAAUGGUUUGCAAGGUUCAGCAAAACAUGAUUGCUUCAGAACAAAGACUGAUACUUUCUCGGUAGAAUUAAGAACAUGUCACAAAUGUAUUAUUUAUCAUUUGAAGCAUGUUGUUGAACAAUUACCAACAGGGUUAACAAGAACAAUGUCACGUCAAGUGUCCGUCACACAACUUUUGUUAUCACUGAUGGAAGAAGAUGCAAAAACCGCACAAGAAAUGUUGCAUCCCUCGGCAAUUGUGUUAUCUUGUUUUAAAAUGUUGAACUAUAUCAAUAAGGAUGAAUGUGGGAAAGUGAUCGAUGUCAUGUUUACUAUGCUAAAUAACACAAGGUAAGGCCUUGGUCAACAGGGGGGGGGGGUGCAAAAAUUUAAAUUUAUAUCUUAAAUGUUUGAGGUAUACUGCAUAUUGAAAUUUUAUAAUAGUAUAAUUUUAUAGUAAUAAAUUUACGUAUAAUAAUAGUAAUAAUUUUUUUUAAUUUGCAGUAAUAAUAAUAGUGAUAAAUUUACGUGGUGUAUCCACAAACAAAACUAUUAUAUGUUUUAUCGCCAUGCAAACAUACAAAGAACUUAUAUUGAAAUUUUGUUAUCAGUCUUAGACUAAUUUAAGUUUUGGAAUCAAUUGAUUUGAUACUCUGAUUGAAUAAAGCAAAUUCUUAAUUUUUGCUGGAAACAUCUAACAUUUCAAGUAUUUGAUAAUGAAAAUAUAAAUUAGAAAAGCAAUCAAAUAUUCAAAUGUGAAAAAAAUUGGUGGCAUUUAACAGGGCUGCUAGAUUGCUGAAUAAAUAAGCCAAAUAUUAUAAUAACCUUUUGUUUUCUUUGUUGGAAACAAAGAAAUCAAAGUACCGCUUAUAACAAUGUUUGGCUUAUUUAUUCACCAAUCUGGCAACCCUAGUAUUUAAAUGGAACCCAUUAAUGGUAUGAUUAUUGUGAAUCAAAAUUCUGACAGUUUGAAGAAAAAAUCCAACAUUGACUGUGUUUCAACAAUUUGAAUGGUUUUAAUGGGAAUACAUUUUGAAAAGAAUAAACCAUUAAUGGGUUGUAAUUAUAGCUUUUUUAACAUUAAUUAUUAAUGUUAAUGAUUUUUUAGAUGGGAAUUAUCAAUAUACCAUUAUAGAAAUGACUUUUUCCAUUCAUGGGUUUUUAAUUUUUUUUUCCUGUGAAUUUGUCAAUGGGUGGGUCUACAGGCAGGUAUCAAUAAUCUAAACCUAGACAGACUAGCAUGACAUUUUAUUCUGUAUAUUGUGUAGUACAUGGCAAAUCAACUGGAUGCUCUUACUCAACCUUCAAGACAAACAAGAUUUGUUUCAUGCCAUGUUUGAGUUUAUCCUGAUUCUUUACAAAAGAUUAUUUGUGUUUCAUUCAUUUCAACUCAUCCAAGGAGUGUUUCAUGCUGGACAGUCUCUGUGAGUUAUUAUUUAAUUAAUUGUGUUGUUGUUUGAUAAAUUUAUUGCCUAAGCCUAUCCUCAUGACUCAAAUUAUCAUUAAAACUUUGCGACUCAGAUAUGCUACUGUAUGGGAAAUAAUUGUUUUGUUUGUCACUGUCAAAAUACUAAAUAUUGCGACUCCAGUGCAGGGCUGCAGUUUCAGUUUCUGCCAGAGGGCCGAUAGUCGCAUUUUUUGCAACUGCUCUUGGUUACGGUAGUUCUAAUAAAUGUAUAAAAAUUCCACUCAGAAUUUCCAUCUACAAAAUCUCUUCAACAAUUAGCUACUGUAUAUAAUGUAUAUAAAUUAUCCAAAUACUCCUGUUAUGGAGUAGGGCUGUGCGCCGGAGCAGGAGGAGCCAGAGCUCCGGCAUUUUUUUUUCCGGGAAAAUUUUUUUGGAAAACUCCGGCAAAAACUCCAGCAGACAAAAUUAUGAAAAAAUAUUUCAUAUUGCAAUGCACUUUUGUUAAUGGAAAAAUUAAGUUGAAUGAUUUGGAGUUACUGUCAAAUUUAAUUACUUUACUUACCACGAUCCGAUUCGUCGCUUCCAAAAUUCUCCAAGCGCAUUGCUGGUAUCACUUUUGAUACAAAAAUCCGCUGACCCUGAUGUAUUUUGGGCGAAAAUACCACGCUGCCAUGCGGUUUUACUUUCUACAAAACAUUGUUUAAUUUAAAAACAAUCACCAAAGCAUGUAUAUUUGAUACAGUAUGUAUAGGAGAAAGCUCAAAAAGGAAUAAAAUAAAUUCUGAAAUUACACCGAAAUAAUUUUGCCUGCUUUUACUUUUAAAUAUGAAAUUUCCUUAAAAUUUCCUUGCUGGAGCAGGAGCCGGAGUUUUGACUUCCGGAGGUAAAAUAACCGGAGUUUGCACAGCUCUAUUAAGCCUGGUUCACAUAUAUGCCUGCGACGUACCGGCGACGUACCGGCAACGAUACGGUGGUAGCUUUAAUUAAAAUGUAAAUUAUGUGAACAUUUGUUCGACGAUUGCCUCCAGUGCCUCAGUUACAUCGGCGGUAGGCCGGGAAAGUUGACUUGAGCUCAACUUUGCCGGUAUUUCGGCGGCAAGUAGAGGCAUCAUGAUACAGUCGCAGGCAUACCGCAGGCAUAUGUGAACCAGGCUUUAUGGAGUGAGAUGCCCAAAUUCUGAUAUCUGUAAUCAUACCUACAGUAUACAAGUACACUUAAAAUAGCCGGUAAAUUUAAUAAGCCGGUAAAUUUAAUAAGCCGCUGGACCUUCCAAAUUUUUUUCGGGGCCUGCUUGUACUCUGUAGUGAAGUUGAUUUCGCUUCAAUUCUUGAAUAUAGAAAGUUUGAUGAAUCUAGCUUGUGUGUUCUGUUUGUGUUACUCACGUUUCCUGUUCAUGCGAAAUUGCACAAGAUGGAGGAAAGUAGCCGUGUGGAAUGCCACGACGUAAAAGAUGUGGCCAAGGAAUUAUUGUUAACAAAUUGCUCGGUAUGUGAAAAUAUCUUUAUUGCACUGCUACAGUAUAUAGUAACUGUUCUCUUCUUAUUUAGUUUAUUUUUAAAUGUAGUAAAUCUGUUUGCAGACCUGCCAAGUCUCAUGAUUUGUUCUUGAGACUCACGAUUUUUUAUGCUAUCUCACAAUUAAUAUUAUUUCACGAUUUUCGGAACUUAUGAAAUCAUCAAAGAGCGCAACAUCUAGUUCAGUACAAAAAGGCACACUCUUCCAAGGAAACAUCACACUUUAUUAGUGUAUUAAUAAUGCGCAAUGUACAACACCAGAAUUUUGUAUGCGUGAUGUCUUGUUACAAAGUAAAAGGUGUGUCCUGCUAAGUUUAUUGUCCUGCUAGUCCUAAUAUUACUCGUAGUUUUCUUGUUUUUGUACAGUGGAAGCUUAAUUAACUAAAGCCAUAAAGGAAAAAACAGCCUAUUUUUAAUAAGCCUUGCUUUUACGGUUAUAUUAACAAAAUAUAAAUGCAUACUAUCAUAAAAUUGAAUAUCUAUUGAUUAUUUUCUAGUGGUUAAAGUUAACCUUGGUCAUAUUAAUGAGCAAACCUGAAAAUUUCUAAGUCUCAAGAUUUUUCAGUCAAUCUCACGACUUUUUAGAUAGCAACUCACUAUUUCUGCUACUCAAGGGUUGGCAGGUCGGGUCCUGGUUGUCUAAAAAUGUAAUAUAUAAAUUUACGUUCAAAUAUUCCAUCUAGGUACUUUAAAACUGUAAACUGUAAAGCUGGUUACAAAUUGGAACAGCAGGUUUUCUACAGUAUGACAAAAAAUAUUUGGCGAAGUAAUUUGAGCACUUGCGUGUAGUUGGUUUUUCCCUCCCCUCUGUUCCCCUUGACCCCUCCUAAACCCUCAAAAAAGAAAACGGACUUUAGGAAAGUCUAGUCAGUCAGAAACCAAGGAACUUGUCAUAGAAAAUUAACAAAAUUUGCUGUAAUUAUGUGCACACAUGCAAUUAGAAAUAAAACUAGCCAUAUUAAAACUUGACAUGGAAAACCUGUUUAUCUGUAACCGGCUUAACUGUGGUAUAAUAUUACCAUAAUUACAGUAUAUGCUGAUUUCUUUGUUUUUAAUUGGUAGACUAACGACGGCUACAAGAUUGUUCAUCAAAUACUAAAUGGGACAUGCAAGGAGUUUCUUUCAAAUUCUGCUGUGGCUCAGUCUUUGAUAGUUACAACAGAUGUUAUUUGUGACAUGAAGGUACAGUAGAUUGAAGGUUCUGUCCUGAGUUGUUAAACCAUGCCAAUGUUUAAUUUGCGAACACUUUAAGUAUUUGUUAGUAUAGUAUGCGGAGUUAGAGUUUAAUAUAAUUCUGAAAACUUGGUCUGACAAUAUGUUGGAUCAACCCACGUUUUGGUCGUAUAUGACUGGACACCAGGGGGCGGAUCUACCAUGGCGGGUGUUGCGCACGCCUGUAUAGUGGUGUCCAGCACCUCCGUAGAGAAGUCCAGCACCACCCUAAAGAAUCUGAUCGGAACUUCUACUGUUAGCGUGUGUCGAUUUUUUGAAACGAUUUAAUUGAUUUGUGGGCUCACAAGAAAAUACUCACAAUGCUUAGUUAAAUAUCAUGGUUAAAUAUGUAAACAUGUCUAGGUUGUUAUACAGCCAUAUUUUCAAAUAUACUGUUCUGUGCUAUACAGCAACUGUCCAUUCACGCAUACCUGAUAAAAAGCCGCCCGAUAUAAACUUUAUAUACAAAAGAUAAUGUAAAACAUAACAAAACGGCGAUUUGCAUGCAGAUUUGGCCGUAUCAUAUAAUGGUAAUGUUGGGAUGGUGGCGUUGCAGACUGCAGAAGAGAGUGGGGCAGUAAGGUUCCCUCAUGCACCACCGUAUGGAAAACCUGCACCCAUCCUUGCAGACGAGGCUAGAUCCUGUACUGUACAGAAUGUACUUGGAGAUAGUUUCUAAUUACUCAUGAAUGAAUGGUUAUUAACCACAUGGCAUUUCUUUGCAGUUUCAAAGCUAUCCACGACUGGCUGGAUUUGUUCAAGUAUGGUGUAAAGAUGUCAUAGAAUUUCUUAACGAGCAACCUGGCGACUACUUCAGAGGAAAUACUCUAACAAAGUUUUUUAUCAAGGCAGUCACUAUGUGUUUUGAUCGAGGUCUUUUUGAUGGUUAGUUGAAAUUUCUUUCUAAACAUUUUCAUUUGAUGUUAUCUUUAUAUAUUAUUACACACCACACAAAAAGAAAUCCCCCCUAAAUAUAUCAGCAUAUUAACUACUAAACAAGUGCGUCCCUGAUAAUCACACCUAGCACUAAUUAAGCUUGGUUUCCAUAUGGUUGUAACUGUCAUAAAGAUUGAGUCACGAUCUUUCUCAACGGCCAGAUUAUAUAUAAUUGUUUUACUGUACUUGUAAACCACAUAUAAAUCAUAACUAUUCUCCAUUUAUAAUCACUUUGCCUAUUAUCAGUGUUAAACUGUUGUAUUUCAGCUGUUGAGAAAGGUCGUGACUCAAUCUUUACGACCGUUACUACCAGAUGGAAAGCAGGUUUUAGACCCAUGGUACUGUAGUUGCUUAAUUUGUGAAGAAUGGGGCCAUUCUAUAGCUUGAAAGAAUGAUUGCAUACAAAAAUACCCAAUUGCAAAAUUAACAAGAAUGACUUUACACAACGGCAUUGUUUAAUCAAUUAAUAAUGGAUGUAACCACCAGGCUUCUCGAUCACCUCCAGGCAUCAUCUCUUCAUACGUUGACGAGUCUGCUCACCCGCCGUUGAGGUAUAGCCAUCCAUUCCUCCUGUAACAAUUGAGCCAAGUCAGCCAGAGUGCUGUAUUCUAUGAUUCGACAACAGACAGAGCACUUGAGUUGAUCGCAAAGAUGCUCGAUUGAGUUGAGAUCUGGCGAGUUCGAAGGCCACACCAUUCGUUCUAUGGCCUCCCCAACCAAGAAUUCAGUGACGCCCCUCCCUCUUUAUGCAUGGGUGGGCGGUAUCGUCUAUUAUUAUAUAGCAAUAGUCAAAGUCGCAUUUUUCUAGUGUUUUAUUGGUUGAGAGCAUAUCACGUGAGAGUGACGAAAUGAGGCUGUUUCCCUCGCAACAGCGCGAGAGAGGGAAACAAUACGUUAUCGACCGGCGAAUAACGAAAAAAAUCACGGGCGCCAUCACGUGAAGAUGCGACCUUUGGACAUGCCUAGUAAUUUAAACUUUCGCUUUAAGUAACUGCAGUGUUUAAUUUAACGUUUUAACAAUAAAAUAUUUCAUGUAUUUACGUUCAUUUGUUCUUUAAUUUGUUGUUUCUUUGCCUAUUGAUAUAUAAUAAAACACUUAUUUACUGAGACCUCGGGAAAGCAGUGUGUUUUGUGGACCCUCGACCGUCGAUGUUUCCCUCGGCUUCGCCUCGACACGAAAUGGGAAGUCCAGUUACAUUAGAUUACAUACAGAACCGAAGCUCAUUUAAUAUGCUAAAUCUUACUCCCUUAGUUUACUUAGACUAACAAUAAGCAAAUCCUCGACUUCGCCUCGGGAACAUCGACGGUCUCGGGUCCACAAAACACACUGUUUCCCUCGGUCUCAGUAAAUAAGUGAUAAUUGUUAUUUAGCUAGGGUGAACACCAAACGUGAUUGGCUGAUUUGUGGUCACGUGACUUCAGAUAAAUGCAAUGUACCGCUUGGACCAUGAAAUGAUUUCAUAUUAUUUGUGGAUAGAACAAAUGCUUUGUUUCAAGAACAAGCAAAUCAAAGAUGUCGCAUAAUUAGCCUUUCUCGCGGCCGAUUUUCCCGCCAUUUUGGGGGUACUGCCUCUCCCACGUUUGAGAGUCUCCCCACCACGAUCGAAAUGCGACUAUUUAGUAUUAUAGUUGUUUGUGUAAUGGUAAAUUUACAGUUACAACUUUUAAAAGUCGCUUUUCACGUUGUUUGAAUUGUUUAGAAUCUUUCACGAAGGCAGACAGUACCCCAAAAAUGGCGGAUUUUGGCCUUCGUGAGAAAUGGUAAUUGUUUCCUAAUUUUUGACUUUUUUAGAAGACGCCAUAUUUGAUGGGAAGAAGGAAUGCUACAGGCUGCUUGCAAAGCUACUGUCUUUAUCACAGGAUAGCAAGGUAUGUUUCUGUGAAUUUGAGAACCCACUAUUGUAAAAGUCACUGCUGUUUAAAGGGAUAUAACAGUAAAAAUUAAGUUUGAAUAAUUUGAUAGAACUUUUAAAAUUAAACGUAAAACUCUUUUACCGAUUUUUCAUGUCUUACUUAUUUCCUGAAAUAUUUCUACUGAAAACAAUGAGUUGUCCUCCAUGUUGGAUUGGUAGUUUUUGAUCUCAUUAACAGUAUUAAUGAGAUAAAAAACAGUGUUAGCCAUAUUAACAGUGGCGGCGCCAGGCUUCCAAAUUUGGGGGGGGGGGGCAUUUGAGGGGCAAACUCAAAUUUUGGGGGGGCAAGAUAGAAUUUUUAAAAGGUCGCCCCCCCCCCCCCUAGGAAUAUCGCCCCCGGGGGCGAAUAUCCUAGGAAUAUCGCCUCCCAGGGGGUGGGGCCAAGUGGUGUAUAAGUGGUACUUGACUGAAAACAAAGUAUAGUAAGUGGUACGUGACUGAAAAUAAUGUAGUAAGUGGUACGUGACUGAAAACAAAGACGUAUACCAGACCGUAAUAUUGGCGUACCUCCGGUACGCAACUACGCGAAUUAUCGCACCCUGACUGACUUCCUUGUAUUGUGUUUUUAAUUAGAGGAACUUGAAUUUGAAAAUAUGCGUUUGCAUGCCAUUCCGCAAGACAUCCCGCACGUGUUUCCGCCUUUUGCAUUCACCCACUUGUUUCAGAUAAGCCUGAUUGCGGUGCAAAACGAAGUUAGCCAUCGCUUUAUAUUCGUUGCGUAGUUUGUUCGUCAGUUAGUGUGUUCGGAAUUAAAAGCCUUGCUAUUUGUUUCAAAAAUGAUAUUCCUUUACUUGUUUUGCGCAUGCUCCAAGGCGCCGCACUGUAGCUUACACAUGCCAAAGUCGUUGACACACCAGACCUCGAUAUUGGACGGUUAUAUAUAUUAAAUAAAUAUAAAACAUUUUCCGUGUUGAUAUACAGUUCGAGUUUUCUCAAUUUCCACGAGUGUUGAUAUAACUGUAUAUCAAUGCGAAAAAAUGUUUUAUAUUUUUUUAUAAUAUAGCACAAAGAAAUAUAAAGAAAGAAAUUCUCCAUGUUGACAUUAAGUUAUAUCAACACGGCUCUUAGCCAAUCAACGUUCAGAAUUUACAAAUGCUUUAUUAUAAAUGCUAAUAUACUCCACUUAUGACAGUCAACCCCGCCCGCGGAAAGGACUAUAUAUCUGGCUCCGCCUUUGCAUAAACAUUACUUAUAUCCAAUUAAAUCAAUCCAAUAGGAACCGUUAAUGUCAUGUUUCUUUAUAAAAUCAACAUUCAGUCUCGAAAUAUAUAUUUAUUACAUAUCAGAUUUGAUUGACAGGCAUAUUGAUUUCGACCAAUGGGAAUUUUGCGUUGUGUGGGCAACGCGGAUUUCAUUUCUUGAUGUGUUGUCGGCAGUCCCUCCUUUCCUUUCGCAUGCCCGGAAAUCUAAACCCGCGGAAAGGAAGGACAACUACUACAUUCCAAAACCUACGCAGGCUAUCUAAAACCCGUCUGCCAUUGCCCACUCUUUCCUCAUACCUUUCCCCUAUUUAACUGAUUCAUAACCGUGUUCGAUCACAUUAUUUUGGCUUGCAUGCAUUCAGAGUAAAAGCUCAUGAAAGAAAGCAUGAUAUAUAGCCAAUAUGAAUCUACCAAAAGCGAUCUUGUGUAAACGUUUUCUGGGUUUACUCUUUUUGGUAACAUGUGUAUUCGUAUAUUGUGACUCAACACCGCAUAACCGGCGAGGGAAAUGGUUUUACCGCCAAAGAACUUUUGGCGUGCACAUUUGGGGUAGGCCGUUUACUGGCAACUGUAAUGACUCUCAAUGUACCGGCAAUAACACGGAAUAUAAAACCCACUUCGAUUGUUACUGUGACGAAGCUUGCUAUAAAAUUUUCUCUGAUUGCUGCCCUGAUUACGAAAAGCAAUGUGGCCAACAGGAAUUGCUCGAAACUAAAACAACCUUGUGGAAAUGCGUCGAGUUUGAUAUGAGGUAUUGGCAGAGUGAUUCGAUUUCAGGAGUGAAUGGAGUUUGGAUGAUUACCAAAUGUGCAGCAGAAUGGCCUUCUGACGAGCUGAGAACACGAUGUGAAAAUGCCUCAUCGAAACUCUCGUACCCCGUUGAGGACUAUAUCCCGGUUGUAGGAGCGAAUUCCCUGACGUAUCGGAACGAGUAUUGUGCUUCGUGUAAUGGCGUGAAAAAUUACACUACGUGGAAUGUUAACGUUUUAACAGAUCAUGCUAACGUCAUACCUCCAGAGGAUUUCUACCUGAAUGCUAAGCUGAAAUUUUUGGAGGAGAAUGGGGGGAGAGUUAGGUCUGUUGAACCCAGUAAGGGACAACCUCGAAGAUAUUGUUACGGAAGGAGAAAUUAUAGAGACGACUGUAUAUUAACAAACAGUUCAUCAUACAAGGCUUGUGUUGAAGGUCCUGUUGAAGUCGUUGGGAGAACUUUUUACUUUAAGAACAGCGCAUGUGCGAUGUGUAAUGGCUUGAGGAGCAGCGCAUGGAUCUAUUCUUUUGGGAAGUGGUUGCAGGUUGAGGUGCGUAGUUUCCCUGAAGGAUUUUUCAUGGUGUUCAGCUUAAGAAAAGCAAGUGGAAUACCAAAAACUACUCGAGUCCUGUACUAUUGUCCCUCUGGUACGGUUUAUGAUUCAACCCUAAAGGUCUGUCGCCCAGAAUACAUUACGCCUUUCCUGCAUAGUAUAAAUAUAAGCAACAAGUUUUACAUACAAUUAUGGUUCAAACCGUCUCGAGGAUGGACAAUAAUUGAUUCAAAGGUACAAAAUGAUUUUAUAUCAGCGUUAAUUUCUCGCUUUUCGCUGCAAGACAAUCAAAUUUCAGAAAUUACAUUCCACACGCAAAGCUAUGAUGUAUCGGGUUGGUUUAGUCUUUCAGUCGUUGCAACAUUUUAUUUAACAUUGACGUCAUUUCAAAGCUUAUUAAUGGAUAACCAACACAGGUCGAUCGUUAACGUUACAAACCAAAACACUGCCUUUUUGGAACUUUUAAACUUUACAGGAAACUUUACCCUAUCUUGGAAAGAAAAAUAUUUCUCUGUGAUCAAAGUGACUUCGUUACGACUUUCACACUGUCGCGAAGGUGCAUUUGUGCCAUUAAAUUCAGAAGAGUACGUGAUUUUCCCUAAUAUGACGGUUUAUCACAUUGUAACUGAGAGUGUUUUCAAUUUUGGCGAGUAUCUAAUAAGUGGGAAAAAAGGGACUGGCAACAUUCCUUAUACAACUCAGAAUUCUACUUUAUCAAGUAAUUCAACUAUUUCCGUUUGUUUACCGUUUAAAACCACCUUGAACACAACUGAAAUAAACUACAGUACAAGCUCGACAAGUUACGCGCUACGUAUUCUGACAUUAAUUGGUUUCACUGUUUCGAUUAUUUGCUUAAUGUUACUUUUGAUAACUUAUGGAUUAUUCCAAGAAUUAAGGACAGUUCCAGGAAUGAAUUUAAUGAACUUAAGCUUGUCAACGUUGCUGUCACAGCUCGUAUGGUUGAUUGGGGCCAGUCAUUUUGCGGGGACGAAAACAUGUCACGUUCUGGCGAUGUUGGAACACUAUAUUUUUCAUGUAUCGUUCCUAGCAAUGUCCGUCAUCUCGUAUCAUUCUUACUACGUUUUCUCACAGCCUUUCGCUGGAAGAAUUGCCAACAAAUCUUGGCGGAGGUUUGUCAAAUAUUCAGUAUUCGUGUGGCUAGCGCCUGCCAUAUUUGUCGCAAUUUGUGUCACCUUGGACAAAACUGGAAUAUUCCUUGUGAACUAUGGGACAAACUGUUGGCUGGGAGCUGUAAACGCUGAGCUGUAUUUAUUCCUAUUACCUGUGGGUAUAUUACUAGUCUAUAAUAUCUUCACUUUCGUCCGUACAGCAGUCAGUUUGUAUCGUCAUGACAAGGAAAGACAGAGCUUACAACGCCAAGAAGGAAAACGAAAUCUUCUCAUCUGCACAAAACUUGUGAUGCUGGUCGGUUUUCCCUGCAUGCUGUUCACGUUCGUUGGCGUGCUGUUUCCCGAUGUAGAAGCAUUCGAAUACUUGUUUGUUGUUUUCGUUUGUUUACAAGGAUUGUACAUCGGAAUGGCAUUUCUGUUUAACAAAAAAACUCUGAAGCUUUAUAAAAAUCGGUGGAACAAUUGCUCCGGAGGAAAUGCACCUGCACCAACAUUUGAAAUGACAUAACGAAGUUAGUUUGCAAAUGUCCAGUGUACAUUAUUAAAGUUCCCAUAUGGAAUAUAUUCAAUUCCCCAUAGACGUACGAGAGGGAAAACAUUAGUUGCCCGACUUUCUUCCAUUUUGCCCGACUUUCUUCCAUUUUGCCCUAGUACCCUACUUAUCCAAAAAGUAUUUUCCAAAAUGCUGGUUCUCGCCUCUCGUUUCUUUCGCCUCGCAAAGAGCCUCUGGAACCAAUGGAACCAGGGUAUCAGAUAGCACUUUGAGCAAAAAUAUAACCUUCCCUUUACAAUUUAUUCGCAUUUGCCACAAUUUUUUCAGAACAUAGUGUGAAAUAUAUAAUCACAGAGAAAGAGUGAGUUUCAAAGCUUGCAGUGUUUAAAAUAGUUUCAUUAAUUAUUAAUUGUUAAACAUUUAUUAUAUGUUAUUUGUGAUUUAUUAGUAUCAUUGACAUUGUAGUCAGCCGUCCAUUCUGCAAAUGACGUUUUGCAAAAACAAUGUUUUCAGGUUUAGAUUAAAGAUUGAUUUUCACAAUCACUUUGAAAUGUAUUUUACUGUAAUGUAAGCUAUGGAGUAUUGUACUGACUAUUAGUUUAAUUUUGUACUAAAAGGAUGUGUGAAAUGAACACUAUGGUCACAUUUUCUUUAUAGGAUUUGCUACGAAACGGUCGCCAUUUUUGUUUUUCGCGGGCAGUAUUUCCAUUUUUCAGAACGGAAAUUUCUAGCCUGCGAAAACAGCCGCUACUUUGCUGCUCCUUUGCUGCUCCUAUUAAUAAAGUCACAUGCAAGCUAGGAAAUUUCUUCAAAUUUUCAAAAAGGAAAUUUGCAAAUCGAGUUUUCCUCUCUAAUAUAUAGUAGUAGCAGUUCUCCUGCCCUAAUUUUCACGCCCGCAAGUCCUCCCCCCAAAAAACCCAGAUGCUACGCAGGCUAAUCUGAUUAGCCUGAGUAUCAGGCCCUCUCUUAAAUGGGGGUGCAUAGAGGGGAAAAGAGGGACAAAAAAGCCAAAAUCCAGCUUUUCACCUGACUGCUCAAUCAAAAAAACAAAAUUUAGUCUGUCUUUUGAUUGGUUAGUACUAAUUAGAUUACACUACAAAUAAUAGCAGUUUUAACCAUAUUUAGAUUGUUGUUGUUCAGUUUGUGUGAAAUUGACAGAACGUUUUGAUUGGAUACUAAAGAUAACUUUACUGUGAGGAUUAGGUUUCUGGUAUCCAGCGGAUAUCGUAUCGUGAUACUGCAAAUUUAAAGUAUCGUGAUACUGCAAAUUUAAAGUAAUACGUUAUGAUGCUGCACACUAACCUGUGCCAUCAAUAUCCAUCUCCUCAAAGCCUUAAUCAUCAAAAUAAUCUUCCAGUGAGCUCACUUUUAUUGGUUCGUCCUGCAGUGUGUUCUCUUCAAUUUUGCUUUGAUUCAAUGUACAAUCAAGUUCAACAAUGCCGAAAUUAGCUAUUUUCCAGAGAUUAAUUGCCUGUAAGCUUACUCGAUUUACUGUACUUAUUUAUUUAUUUAUUUAUUUAUUAAACUUCGCCACUUACAACAAACAAGUGGCAGGGACACCACAACAGUAUACACCAAUUACAGUGGGCCCUUUAAAAAUUGCUAAAUUUUAAGAAUACAACACAAAACAACAUAUCGCAAAACAAAACUACAUCGCACAGAACAAAAUUGAACAUUAUGCAAUGCAAUGCAAUACAAUACAAUGCAAUACAAUGCAAUGCAAUGCAAUGCAAUACAUAGCAAAGACAAGAUUCAACUUCCACCGCCAAACUCAGGUGAUUAAAAACAUAUUAAUUACCUAACCUAACUCUUACCUAACUUUCGGGAUCCAUUGAUCUAGCAAAUCAACUUUUUCUGUGAUAAACAACGGACAAAUCGUCAUUUCCUUCACGGAUUUCCUUUGCUUGGCGGGUUUAUCUAAGCUUGACACUCCAGGCCUGAACGCCGCUUUAAUAUUAACCAAAGUGUCCGAACAAUCUUUUAGCAAGUAUUUGACUUUUCGUGAAUAUAUCCGCUCCUGGCUAACAAGAAGAUGACUUGACGUUCGCAAGGCAAUUGGCGUUUCUGGAUUGAGAAUGUCUUGAACAAUUGAUUGUAAAUUAGUCUCAAAUAUUUGAAUUUUGCCGAGCUUUUUCUCCCAAUGUACUGCGAGCCAUAGGGAGCUUCGUUUGGACAAGAUGAAGUCCAUUGCUUCCUAAAAUUGAUAAGUGCUGUAAAUGAUCAAUCAUAUUAAAGAACAUAUUUCAUGUAAGCACUUCAUCCCAGAAUAUAAACAGGAAAAAAUAACAUGAACCCAUCGCGUGCCAGCGGUUUCUCCUUGACGAGUAAAGUCGUCUGGUGUAAGACAGAGUAAAAUAAUAAAGUGGGCUCAAUGCAACUUUUAACAAAUAGAUAGAUUUUGCCCUUGUGUGUUCAGUUAUAGAUACACUGCAUAGAUACACGUAAUGUGGGAAGAAGAACACAAAUGUGGCUCACGAGCCGCCGAGGCGAGUGGGUCACUUUUUUGUUAUUCCCAUAUUAUGAUAAAUAAUGAAUGAAUUAGGGAGUUUGAGCAAGACAACGAAGUACGAAGACGAAGGCGUACUUGACAAUUUUUGCCGUCUGUACAUUAUCUUGCGCAUACUGAGUUGGACGUCACUGGUGGUUGCUCAGCGUGUCUUCCCCUGUGUCGCUGUUUAUGAAUACUGACCCUAAUUCUUGCCCUGACCCAGAAAAAAACAGCGAGACAUGAAACUAUAUCCCGUCUUUGUCCUUCUGCCUUCGUUCGGAACGAAGUUCACGACGAAUUUUGCCAAAAUAUUCGUUGUGAACGAAGGCAGAAGAACGAAGACGGGAUAUGGAUUCAUGUCUCGCUGUUUUGUCCUGAUCAGGGUAAGGACUUGGGUCAACAUUCAUAAACAGCUAGACAUGAAUCUCUAAUCUGUCUUCACCCCUGACCCUAAAGUCAGAAUGCGCAAGAUAAUGUGCAAGACAGGCAAAAAUUGUCAACCACGCAGUCGUCGUCCGACUUCGUUCUCUUGCUCAAACUCUCUAUUCUUAACGUUACCAUACAAAAUGGGUGAACCUCUAACUGGCAUUGCAAGUUACCUUGUUAUUUUACUUUAUUUUACCGAACAAUGUUCCUUGUUAAGGGAAACCAUAUUGUCAAAGGGUUAAAGUAUGUUGUCGAAUUUUACUUAAGAUCUGUUGCCACAAAAGCACUUGCAGUUCCAGAAUAUAUACUGCUAUUGUAAUUGUUUACUACAAUGCUUCAGGUUCUCUGUAUAAUGAAAUAACAAUUAAUUGAUGUUUCUCAUGUUGUCCAGUCAAUUUGUUAAAUCCAAGAUGGCGGCUGUUUUAUGAUAAUUUUUUUGUCAAAACAUUCAAUUUUAAAAGUUCAUUCAAAUGAAACAAACCAAACCUUCACCACAGCUCCUACGAUGGUAUUAAGAGAAUUGGCAUUUGUUCAAGAGUUACACAAGCAGUAAUUGAUGCGAUUUUAUUUGUCUAGAUAAUCAGUAGCUGUUUUGAAGGCAUCAAAAGUUUGUUCUCCAAGACGGAAGCUGUGUUUCCAUGCUAUGUGAAUAUUGAAACUUUAAAUAAACUUCUCAUUCUGCAUUGUUCUAACUCGUGUUGGGAUGUUCGAGAUUCUACUCUCAUUUUUCUUCGAUUCCUCCUUACGACUUUUAAUGGUAAGUUCUUUAUACCUCCCUUUCAUAAAUCAACGUAAAUAAAUAUUUAAUGAUUGUUGAAUAGUUUAGGUUGAACGUGAAAACCAGGGGCGGUCUAGCGUGGGGGGAGGGGGCAGGGGGUGCGCACCUGGUGGUGUCUAGCACCCUAUGCAGAUUCGGUCAUCUCAAAUAAUGGUAAUGUUGGGAUAGUAGCGUUGCAGACUGCUGAGGACAGCAAGGGAUGUGGGCAAUAAGGGGAGGAGGGGUUCACUCCUAUUUUCGUUACAUGUUUUCAAAUAUGCAUAUAUUUUUGAGAAAGGCUACGGAUAUUUUUCCAAGGUUGUGUAUUAAGAACAAGUCCAAAAAAGCUAAUAAUACUGUAAAUUGUUCGAAUGAAUGUAUGUAUGCGAAAUUGGUAUAAGAUUACUUCAUAAAGAUUGUUUUAUUUUAGGUGCUAAUAUUGAGCUAUUGUUGGACCGAAAGCUGUUGCUUUUAUUGUGGAAAUUAAUGGAGGAUAGCGAAAGUUAUGUCAGAGCAUGUUCAUUAUAUCUACUGGGGGUUCUGUCAACACAUGAUAGCGUAUGGAAACAUUAUUGUGAAACUAUCUCAUUAUCAGAGGUAAGGAAUAUUUUAUUAAUGUACUUUGGUAUGUUGCCGCCUUUCCAUUCUGGCUACUGGUGGCUAGUGAGAGCGCAAGUUGCUGAUGCAGCCUGCCUGUUUGACAAUUAGUAGGACUUAUUGGAGAGAGGGUUUACGGUAUUACGGAGAGGGCGUAUUAGGGAGGACUUCUAAUAGAGAGUGUUUAUUGGAGAGGAGGCUUAUUAGAGAGAGGCCUUUUUAGAGAGAGGGCCUAUUAGAGAGGGGGACUUACAUGUAUUAGAGAGGGGGACGUAUUAAGGAGAGGGCUUAUUAGAGAGAGGGCUUAUUAAAAAGAGCCCUUUUUAGAGAGAGGGUUUAUUGGAGAGACGGUUUAUUAGAGGGUUUAUUAGAGAGUGGAACGUAUUAGAUAGAAGGCAUAUUAAAGAGAGGACUUAUCACAGAGAGAGGGAGAGAGAGGACUUAAUAGAGAGAGGGACUUAUUAUUGGGAAGAGGGCUUUAUUUGAGAGCGGGCUUAUUAGAGAGAGGGCUUUUUAGAGAGAGGGGUUUAUUAGAGAGAGGGAUUAUUAGAGGGGGACAUAUUAUAGAGGAACUUAUUAGGGAGAGAGAGCUUAUUAGGCAGAGGGCUUAUUUGUAAGAGGUGUUUAAUAGACAUUUAAAAAGUAAUAACGUUAGAAGGAGACAGAUAUUUUAGUUGACAGGAGUGUAUAAUUCUUCAAUGAACUUUGAUUCUUCCCCCCCCCCCUCCCCCCUUCUUUUCAGAUUUGACUCUUUUCCCCAUAUCUUUACUACAUCAGUCUCAAAGGCCUGUACCUAAUACUGUGACAUAGUAUAUUUGUCCCCUCCCCAAGAUAGAAUAAAAUACCAAAAUUAUAAAUUAGCUAGUUAUUUAAAUGCUUUAAAUUUCGAUCAAAAUCAGGAAAAAAUUAGAAAAAAUCAUUUUGGAAAGUGGAAACACUGAUUUUCACGAAUUAACAACGGAAAUUUUCUCUUCUUUUCCCUCUGCCUUUCCAUUUUUUCUACUCUUCUUUGAUUUUCUUCCCUAGCCCUAAGACCCUUUGAUUCUUUCCCCCCACCCCAGGGGCGGGGGGGGGGGAUUAUAGAAGAAUAUGCACCCCUGUUAGUUGAUGAGAAACGUGAGAAAGUAUCUCAGUUGUAAUAAUAAAUUGAAACAUACUUGUUUCGGUACGAACUUGUCCACACUAUGAGACUCAAAGAUUCACGCAAACUGAAUACAGAAGCACCACAGUAAUUUUCGAACUUUUUCUGUAUUACUAGGAGGAAGUGCUGAAUUAUAUUGUGAAUGCAUUUGAACAAGAGGAGGCCGCAUUUGCCCGUCGUGCUACGAUAGACAUCUUCAGUUUCUGGCUGGAUAGAAAACACAACAUAAUAUUGAUGCAUUUGAAAGAUAAAUCUUUUACACCUGUUGACAAAGUGCUUAAUAAAGCUAGCCAAGAUUUUGACUGGGAAGUUAAACUUUGUGUUUUGAAUUUCUGGGAGACCAUGCUUCACCACUAUUGUGACGAGGACAAGAAAACAUUGAGUUGUAUAGAAAGCGGUUGUUUAAAUGAGAUAAGCACGGUUAUACUCGGUGCAAUAACAGACUGUGAUCAACCUGUCCGAGUGAGAGGUCUUGCUCUUCUGGAAGAAUUGAAGACACAUCUUGUUGGGCUGCUUGAAAAUGAUGAAUUACAUUACAACGGCUCGGUUGAUGAGUUGAACGAUUUCAUAUUACAGACAAAAAAAGACAGAAAUUGCUCUCUUCUACAGACGCUUUUGGCUAUUGAUUUCUCCGAAUUUGCCGCUGAUUUCCAGGUAAGCAACUUGUUAGAAGAUCCAUUUCCUUUCUUCAAGGACAUAUUAGCAGCUGCCUCAGAGAAUAAAGACAAUCUGUUAGAUUGUUAUUAAGCUAUUUCGAGAGUUAAUUCAUGUUAAAAAUAAUUGCAACGUAUAAUACUUUUUGUUUGCGAGAACACCACGUAAAUUUAAUACUGCAAAGCAUUCGAUCCGUAAAGAUCGAAAGCAAGCUGCAAAGCUUUCGAUCAUAUUAAAAUCUGCAAAGCUUUCGAUCAUAGUAUUAGCACUGAUGAAGAUCCGGGCUUACGGAGUAAUACAUUUAUACGUGGUGUUUCCACAAACAAACAAAAAAAUAUUAUAUGUUUUAUCGCCAUGUGCAAACCUACAAAGAACUAUUAAUUGCAACGUACUUUUUGUAUAGCUACCUUUCAAAAUCACCUGUGAUCAAAGAUUACUGCAAAUAUUCUAAGUGUGUUCCAUAUUAUAUGUCGCGAAAUUAUCUGCUGGUAAAUGAUUUUAAAGCAUUAAAUUCAUUAUAAUUUGGGG